AUGUUUAGUUCUAGUUUACCAUCGGGAGUGGAUACUAUUAAAGAUUCUAGUCUUCCAACAAAAGAAGAAACUCCUAGACUUAGCUUAAUAAACAGUCUAAGGUCGUCCAUAGAAAAGUACGAAAGAGGAGAAGAUGUUAAUGUAUCCAAUAUAAACAGUUUUAGAAAAAUAGAAAAUGAUAUUUUAUGUUCCCACAAAAAAUCUGAGGAAAAUAAACCACAUAACUCUAAAAAUUUUGAGUGGGAAUGUGAUUAUUGUGGGGUAGUAAUCAAUUCAAAAAAAGAUAAUGAAACUCGCAGUUAUUAUCAAUAUGAAAGUUUUUUAGUUUCUUUGAUAGAAGAACAUCUAAACAAGUGCAAAGAAGCUCAAAAAAUUCUUGAUUUUGUCGAAGCAAAUAAAGUUGAAAAUUUAAGCUAUGAUAAUACAAACUCACUUCAAGAAAAAGGAUAUUACCCAAAACUAACAGUAGAACAAAUUAUUAAAGGAUAUCAGAGUCAAGUAGUAAAGCAAAUUAAAAGUUGGGGUUUAAUAAACAAAGUUAACCUGCCAAAUUUAAAAGAGAAAACUAGGAUUGGUGUGGUAAAUACUUUAUCUGUUGACUAUUCUAAGAGGAUUGUUGAUAAAAAUGACUUAACUGGUAGAUAUACGACAGUCUCGGGAAACUCAGCAACAAUGGCUUUUUAUUUAGCUCUACUUAGUUGUUAUUAUCAAAAACCUAUUUCGCGAGAGGAAAAUGAAUUAGCGAAAAAUAUGGAAAAAAUUUUUUCUCAAAAUGAAAUUAAGCAAGUAGGUGGCUUAGAAUAUAAAAUUCCUGUUGCAAUAGAAUCAGGAGUUAAAAAAUUAAUUCUCUCCGUUGAGCAAAAGAAGGAUUAUGAAAAAAAUGUACCCCAAGAAAUCCGAGAAAAGUUAACUGUUUAUUAUGUUAAGAAUGUAGAAGAAUUAGAGGAAUUAUUUUUUAGGGGAGAAUUUUCCUAA